UAUUCCUGGAUCUAUAUACGUACGGUUAAAAACGUAUUCAACGUUGAAUAACCGUGGUUACGCUAUUCCGUUCGCACAGAUGACUAUGACAUAUUUUAUAAUCGCGGAAGUGGUGGAAACAAUCGUUGUCCUGAAUAAUAAAAUAUAUUUUUGAAACCGGUCCAAUUCAGGAGUCAUCUGCAGUUAGAAUGGAAGACGACGCACCCGUCAUUUAUGGACUUGAAUUCCAGGCACGAUCACUUACUGCCCAGACAGCUGAAACUGAUGCUAUUCGUUUCCUUGUGGGCACACAGUCUCUGAAGUUUGACAACCAGAUCCACAUCAUUGACUUCGAUGAUGAGAAUAACAUAAUUAAUAAGAAUGUCCUUCUACACCAAGCUGGAGAGAUAUGGAACAUUGGUGCCAGUCCUGCAGAUAAAGAAGUACUUACCACCUGCUAUAAUAAAUCCAGUGACAGCCGGGUGGUGUCGUGUGCAGCAGUAUGGCGGAUGCCCUCCGAUUGGGAAACAGGAAACCAUGAGUCUCCUGACGACUCAGCCCACAACCCUCAAACACUGGAGCUGCUUUGUCACCUAGAUGACAGUGCCCACGGCAACGCAGUCUGCGUACUGUGGGAGCCAUUGGGGGAUGGCAAGCAUGUGAUUUCAUUGGCUGAUAACCAUGUACUUCUUUGGGACCUGCAGGAGAGCUCCACACAAGCCACUAUCUCCAGCACUGCUAUGCUUGAGGGAAAAGGGCAACUUAAAUUCACCUCUGGCAAGUGGAGCCCUCACCAUAACUGCGGCCAACUUGCCACUGCAAGUGACACAGCAAUAAGAGGCUGGGACCUACGCACCAUGAGUCAGAUUUACUGUAUCGAGAACGCUCACGGCCAGCUUGUGCGUGACCUGGACUUCAACCCAAACAGGCAGUAUUAUUUGGCCAGCUGUGGAGACGACUGCAAGGUUAAGUUCUGGGAUGUCCGUAAUGUCCAGGAGCCCAUCAAAACCCUGGAGGAGCACUCACAUUGGGUGUGGAGCGUCCGCUAUAACCACAGCCACGACCAGCUGGUGUUGACAGCCAGCAGUGACAGCCGCCUCAUCCUUUCCAACAUGGUGUCGAUAUCCUCAGAGCCAUUUGGCCAUUUGGUGGAUGAUGAGGAUCUCAGCGAGGGCGAGGACAACCCCCAGGAAGAUAAGGGCAAGGAGCCUCUGAAAGACAGUGUGGUGUCCACCUACGAGGAGCAUGAAGACAGUGUGUAUGCAGCUGAGUGGUCGUCGGCCGAUCCGUGGCUCUUCGCCUCGCUCAGCUAUGACGGCCGCCUAGUCAUCAACAGGGUCCCCCGUACCCUGAAAUACCAGAUCCUUUUGUAAGGGAACAUUUAUGUACAUGAGACAAAGAAGGUGUGGCUUCUGAAAACUGUGUUGCAAAAACUGUAAUUAAUGUAAAUACAGUAGACAUCUUGUGACUUAACACUGUAAAUUAAAGAUUCCCGCUAACAGUUUUUUUUCAUUGUCUGCUUCUUCAGUGCUACCUUUACAUGUCAAAGACAUUUUAUUCAACUUGGCAUGCAGAAAUUACAAUUUCCCUAGAAAUUAGCUGUGAAUCCCGUAAGAUGCUGUAACUGAGCCAGGACUUUAAUACUAGGUACAAGUUAAUAUAUCAACCAUAUCGUUGCUAAUUCAAUGGCAACCUUGUAUUUCAUACAAACGGCACACUAAGAAUGAUAGUUAUAAAACGUUAAAACAGCGCAGGCAUUUCACGUUUUCAACAGCCCUGUUUUUGUUGAUAGGAGAAUGUCGGCGCUAUUGAUGGUACGGGCGCAGGGUGCUUAAUUUGCGCUGCCCGUUAACAGCAUUUUUGCAAUCACCCAUUUUUGUUUUGUUUUUUUUGCUAAAAAUGUCGGUACUGUUUGUGAUGGAACGGUUGGAGGAGCUGUGGCCAUGAAGAGCAUAGUCAACAUGGAGACGAGUGUGUCCAGGAGGAGAUCUGGUGAGGAAUGAAAGUCGGCACUAAUAAGUAAAGUGAAACGAGUCAGACGACGAAAUGGGCCUGGUGAAUAGCAAUACCAAUCUUCCUGUAUGUGUGUUACUCGCCAACAGACUAACCUUCGCUUGUUAGAAAACUACAGUUGCUUGUUUACCUUCAAGAUGCUUGUACAGCUGCGGCUGUUGUGAAAGGGUUAUAUAAAAAGAGUUACCGGGAAUGUAACUCGAGCUUUGACUUUUUGUUUGCUUAUGUUUUUAAAUACUAAGACGACUUAAGUAUGUUGAGCCGUAAAAUGACUUUCUGUGAACAGUGGAUGAUUUUGAAACUCAAGCCCCCGUUUAUGUUUGUCUUAGCUUGCAACAAUGGACAGUAAAACGCCAAGAUUCCAGAACGCUUACACUGUCAUUAAAGCAUUGUAAUGAUAUCUCAUUUUAAAAGCAGCAUGAAUUAAAGACUAAUUACUAUUUUUGAUUUUGACCUGCGUGCAUCAGUCAGACAGUACAUUGCAUGCUCUUCUCUAUUCUACAAAAGAAUUGAAUGGGGGCGCUUUGUUGCAGGUUUGGGUUAGU